AUUAAAGCUCAUGAACCAACGUCGCCGAUACCAUUUUCCAUCUCGUCAAACUCCUCUUUUUCAUUAUUUAAUAUUUAUUCACUACUCACUCCUUCUCUCUCUCUUGCUUUGUUAAUUAUUCUGAAUUCUUUCUCCUUCAUCUCUCUACGCGCAAAAAUCAUGACUGGUUCCUCAGCUGCCGCUCGCAAGAAUCUGAGUAAGAUUGCCUGCAAUAGGCUCCAGAAAGAGCUUGUGGAGUGGCAGGUCAAUCCCCCCUCUGGUUUCAAGCACAAAGUCACCGACAAUCUCCAGAGGUGGGUUAUUGAAGUGACAGGAGCUCCUGGGACACUUUACACCAAUGAGACCUACCAGCUUCAGGUCGAUUUUCCUGAGAAUUACCCGAUGGAAGCUCCACAGGUCAUAUUUUUGCAUCCGGCUCCACUGCAUCCUCAUAUCUAUAGCAACGGCCAUAUUUGUUUAGAUAUAUUGUAUGAUUCAUGGUCCCCUGCCAUGACAGUUAGUUCUAUUUGCAUCAGCAUUCUCUCAAUGCUUUCAAGCUCAACUGUAAAGCAACGCCCUGAAGAUAAUGACCGCUAUGUAAGGAACUGCAGAAAUGGCAGAUCUCCAAGGAGACAAGGUGGUGGUUCCAUGAUGAUAAAGUAUAAUAGCUAGUAUUCUCUAAUAAGUCCACAAAACUAGAGUAGAGGAUUAUCCUUUUGAAACGAAAAUGAAGACAUGGGAAAAAGCAUUUUGAGAAACGAAGAUCCCUUCAAAUUAAGUGGAUAAUAACACUUGUAAAUUGGCAUUGCCUGGUAUUUGUAAAGGAAGAGGAAACUAUGCGUCUCAAGCAACUUUGGUAACUCGCCGUGUUUAGUGUUUUUCUUUCUUAAGGAUUAUGUCAUAUAUAUAUAUAUAUUUAUAUAUAUCUCCAAAUUGAAAUAUAAAUUGU